CUUUCCGUCGGCGCCAAUGUGGACGUCCACACAACAAGAGACGACGCAUGUCGACACUGGACGCUCAGCUGUGGCACGCAGCCUUCAACGGUUGCGUCAAUGAUGUGGCGCUCUGCCUCGAGAGAGGCGCCAAUGUCCAUUGGACCAACGAGGACGGCAGCGCAGCCCUCCUGGCGGCGGCCCAAAACGGUCAUGACCCUGUUGUGGCCUUGCUGCUCGCCGCUAACUCCGCGGUUGACCAGGCGAGAAACAACGGAGCGACGGCGCUAAGUCUCGCAGCGCAGAACGGCCAUUGCGAGGUCGUGGCCAUUGUCGUCGCCGCAAACGCCGACGUGAACCACGCCAUGACGGACGGAGCGACGCCGCUGGCGAUGGCCGCGCAGUACGGUCACGAUGCCGUCGUGAGAGCAUUGCUAGCGGCCAACGCCGUCGUGGAUCAAGCUAGAAGCAACGGUGCGACGCCCUUGUGUCUCGCGGCCCAAAACGGCCACGAGGCGGUCGUCGCCACGCUGCUCUCCGCCAACGCCCACGUGCGCCAAGCGACCAACAACGGCGCGACGUCGCUCUGCCUUGCUGCCAAGCAUGGCCAUACUGCCGUCAUCGUAGCAUUGCUGGCUGCCGGCGCCGACGUUGGCCACGCGAUGACCGACGGCGCGACGGCGUUGUUUCUCGCGGCGCAGAAUGGCCACGUGCGCGUCGUCACAGCUCUCAUUGGCGCCGGCGCUGCCGUCGACGACGCCAAACACAACGGAGCGACACCGCUCUUGGCCGCCGCCCAAAACGGCCACGGCAUGGUCGUCACGACACUCGUGGCAGCGCAAGCGGCGGUGAACCACGCGAGAAAUAAUGGAGCGACACCCCUUUGGCUCGCCGCCAAGAAUGGCCAUGAUACCAUUGUCGCCGACCUGCUCGCCGCCCAUGCGGCCGUAAAUCAAGCUCGAAACGACGGGGCGACGGCUCUCUUGGCGGCGUCUCAAAACGGCCACGACGCCGUUGUAGCGAUGCUCCUUGCGGCCCACGCAUCGGUCAACCAAGGCGCGAGCGAUGGUGACACGCCCCUUCUCGGCGCGUCGCGCAAUGGGCAUCACGAGAUCGUUGCUCGGCUCAUCGACGCGGGGGCCGACGUCGAUCAGGGCCUUCGAGAAAGCUUUCCGUCCCAGGACCAGCUUCUCAUGCCCGGCGCGACGCCGCUGUUAUUGGCCGCACUGUUUGGCCACGAAGACGUUGCCAGAGUUUUGCUCUCUGCCCGCCCCAACGUGCAUGCGACCGACGCGAAGGGCCAGACAGCGCUGACGGUAGCCAUGCGCGGCGGUCACUUGACCAUUGUCGGUCUCCUCCUCGACGCUGGCGCCCACGCAGACGGCAUCGACCUCGCGCGCCUCGAGGAAGCGUACGACGCGCGUGCUUCGGAGCUUUUGGCCGCGGUCGUCGCUGGGGAUGUCGUGCGCGCGAGUAUGCUCGUGGAAGAGAGUGUGAGCCCCAACCUCACCACCGAGAGUGGUGACAGCCUCUUGCACCUCGCGCGAAAUGCACGCAACCAGGAGAUCGAAACCCCGCUCGUCUUGGCCAUGAAGCUGCGCCACCGCCGGUUGCCGCAGCUCAUCUUCUCGGCAGUCCAUUGCAUCGCGCACUGCGUGCCCGAGCGCGCAAUCCACAUUGAUACCAAGAGCCUCCUCGGCGACGGCGGCUUUGGCUACGUGCACAAAGGCUUGUACAAGAACGAGCGCGUCGCGAUCAAGUCGGCUAAAUACGCAGCCGGCGCCGAUGACCUUCGCGCAGAGAUCAACGUCAUGCAAACAUGCAACUCGCCGUACUUGCUGCAGCUCAAGGCGGUCUCGGGGCAGUACAGUGACAACCCCAAGCUCGUGCUCGAGUACAUGGACGGCGGCAACCUCCGCCAGUACCUCGACAAGAAGCGCAAGGGCGAGCCCGUUCCGUUCGACUACUCGACGCUCGAUAUUGCAUGGGUCAUUGCCAACGCUUUGGCCGACCUCCACCGGAAUGGCUUUAUGCACCGCGACCUCAAGAGCCUCAACGUGCUUUUGAGCUCCUCCAACUACAUCAAGGUGGCCGACUUUGGCCUCACAAAAGAGUUCAACCUCGACAUGACGACGUUUGUGGGAACGCCGGCGUGGAUCGCACCCGAAGUCUUUGCUUCGGGAACCACGUACGGCUACGCGGCCGACAUUUACUCGUUUGGCGUCAUUUUGACCGAGCUCGAGACGCUGCAGGUGCCGUAUGCUGGCAUGAACCUCUUUGCGAUCGUGGACGGCGUCCGCAGCGAGCUGCGUCCGUCGGUGAGCUCCAAGUGUGCGCCGUGGUACAAGGCGCUGGUCGACGACUGCUUGUCGUUUGAUCCCAAGCAGCGUCCGAUGGCGCAGACGAUCAUCGAUCGUUUGUUGCUGCAGGAAAAGGCUCUUGUUGGUCGAGAACCGGUCACCGAGCCCGAGACCAAGACCGAGCGUCUGGUAACGCUGCCGCAACUGACGAAGGGCAUGAGCAGCAGCUCGUCCACCUCGUCGACGUCGUCGUCCUCGUCCCGGGCGAUGUCCAGUCGUCUGCCGUGCCCAGCAUGCAAGACGCGCAACGCAGCUUUGAACGAUCACUGCAGCAGCUGCAACGAGGCCAUGCCGGACGUGUCGGCCAAGCUCACGCUCUUGCUCAAGCGCGCCAAGGUGGCCAACGCCAAGGGCUUCUCGAUCAACCUUUGCAUCAACUGCGACAUUUGCGAAAUGACCAACUUGAUGACGGCGGCGACGUGCACCGACCCCGAGUGUGGCGAGGAGCUUCUGGACGACGCGGAGAAGCUGCGCAUCCUCACCCGUCGCUUCGACCUCGCGACCAGCGCGGUGUAA